AUGGCCAACGCUUGCGCUCACCAGUUCCGAAUGAUCAAGUCAGAUAAUACUUUGGUUCAGUGGAUUUGCCAGCACUGCCGCUCUGGCCCUCACUGGAUGAUCUGGGAGUGCACAUACUGCAAGCUACAUCUGUGUCAACUUUGCAGCGGUGAUGAUCCUAACCCUUCGGUUGACUUUGCCUGGGGGGGUUUCCUAUGUAUGCGUAUCUUCCAUAAGGGAAAAAUAUCUAAAGACACUGUAGAGAAAUUCGAACAUCCGACGCAGGAGCAGUGGGAGAAAUAUCUGGGGAUAUGUAUCCCUGAGGCUAGCAGGGAAGAAUUUCUUGUCUAUGUCACCCCUGGGUUCGAAAUGAAGUGGUUGGCAUCGACAGUUGGCUUUAUGAAAUGA